AUGAAAUCUCAGAUGUCACCAUGUAAGGAUGGUGAACAAGUUUCCCUCCCUUUAAGGACUGAAGCAAUAUUUAAAAAGCUAAAAACGUUUUCAUGGGAAGCGAAGGCAGUGCUAACCCUAGCAGCCUUUGCUUUUGAAUAUGGAGAUUUCUGGCACCUUGCCCAGAACUAUGGCCAGUGUGACAAACUUACCAAGUCAGUGGCAAUCCUUAAGCGAGUGCCGAUCCUUAUCAAACACGAAACCUUAAAGAAACGUAGGGCUGCGAUUGCUGAGCUUAACAAUUUGAUCAUGGAAACAUAUCAUGUGAUUGGUUACAUCGUUAAGCUGGAGGAUCUUCUACAGCACAACAAUCCAAAUGAUGUUCCUACAUUGACCACUGCAAUGAAAAAAAUCCCAACGGCAGUGUAUUGGACAAUCUACACUAUUGUAGCUUGUACGGCUAAGAUCAACCGUCUUACCAGUGAUAAGGACGAGCCGGACAAUCUACCCAUGCUUGACCUGGAGAAGAAAAUCAAUGAACUCGUCAAGGAGCUUAAGGAACAGUAUGACAGAUCGGAGGCAGCUAAGUACUGGUGGAUUCGUAAAGAACUUGUAAUCUGUGAUAGCAUCACGAAGGUUAUCAGCACCUUGAUUCUCUACAACGAUACUGUCAAUCAGCAGCCCGUCAUUAAGUGCGAUUCUAAUAACAAGGAGAUCGGUGGCGAUACAUUUAUGGAUGAGGUGAGGGGGAAAUAUGUGUUGUUUUAUAUCUCGAGCCUGGAAAAUAUAUCGAACGAAGAACUUUCGCUGCUCAAAAAUCUGUACAAAAGAAUUUAUGAAGAGUAUAAAUGCAAGAUUGUGUGGAUCCCCUUUGAGGGUGACUGGACGACUGAAGCUCAAAAGAAAGAGUUGCAGUUUAAGAAAUGGAAGGAGCAGAUGCCGUGGUACGCAGUGCAAUAUUUUCCCUCAGCAUCAUACAUGUACCUCAAGAAAGAGUGGAGUGUCAGGGGAAAUUCCACAGCGGUGUUGAUCAACCCCCAAGGAAAGGUUGAAAACACCAAUGCGCUUACCUCGAUUAAGGAAUUUGGUAUCCAUUUCUUUGAUUUCCUGGAUAUUAACACAGUGCUUAAGCCAGUAGUGCAUCAUAUUUUGAAGGACAAUGACCAACUUCUACACUUGAUGGAAAACCAAGGGUACACUUUCUUCAUUGGAGGCAAAAACCAGAAAACGGCCACUGACUUGCUCAACAAGAUAAGAAAAGCAAAGCUUGCCAUUGAGAAUGCACUGAAAAUACAGAUUGGGUUAGCUAGUUUUAUGGAAGAAUCGGAGACUGCGAAGGCUUUCUGGUUCUGCAUGGAAAGCCUCUUAUUUAGCUUGGCUCACUCUAGCAAGGAGUACGAGUACAAGCAGUUGACAAAAGAAGUCCACAAGCUACUUUCUUACAAAUUUCACAAAGACGAUAUCGACGGAUGGAUUAUGCUUACCAAAGGAUGGACUGUGGUGACCUGUGGUCAGGCUAACACUAUUGUCACAACCCUAGAGAAAUUUUCUAUCUGGAAGCAACACAUAAUUGGGGAGGACUGGGGAUAUGCUUUCACCAAGUACCAUGAGAGUUUUAUAACUGGGAAAAAAGGACUCUCCUGCAUCACCUUUCAGAUUGCUGGAAAUGCCCCAAUGCACUUGGACUGCCCAGUCUGUGACGACCCCAUGGAGACCAAGUUGGUCAAAUAUAACUGCUGCCACCCUCGUCUGCAGAAUGCUGCCAAUUAA